AUGUCCAACAACUGCCCAGAGAAUCCCAACCCUACUCCUCAGAAGCCUAAGAGCUUCCGCCCCAACCGUAGAAAUCCUCGUAAUGUCAAUCGCCGUUGCACUAUUUGCAACGAGACUGGACACACGGAUGCUAAUUGUCCUCAUAAAGAUUCUGCUAUCGGUAUCCCCGAGAACGCAGGAUCUGCGCCUGCGCCCGCUGCUGAGCAAGUCGCUGAGCCCGCUCCUGCUGCUCCUGCUGCCCCUGCUGCCCCUGCUGCUCCUGCUGCUGAGGCUACGGAGGCUGCCGCUCCUAGCGAGAACUCCGCUGCCGACCAGAUCAUUUGCCGCGCCUGCCACAAGCCGGGACACAUUGCUCGUAAUUGCCCCGAGCGACCUCCUCGUGCGGAGAGACGUGAAGGAGCGCGUCCUCGCCGCUUCCGCCGCUUCGUGCCGUACAAUACUUGCUACCGCUGCCUGCAGCCCGGCCAUUUAGCGAGAGACUGCCAGAACGAGAUCGUGUGCAGCCGCUGCGAGCAGCCCGGACACAAGGCGCGCGAGUGCAAGAAUGAACCUGUAUGCUACCGAUGCAAGCAGAGCGGACACAUUUCGAGCGCAUGCCCGAAUCCGAUUGUGUGCUAUAAGUGCGGACAGCCUGGACAUAAGAGAAGCGAGUGCACGCAGGCUUAAUCUUGUUUC